AAAAUACUAUCCUAUGAAAUUUCUCUAUAAUAAAUGAUCUAGCUUUUUUUAAUUAUUUAGUUUAUCUAUAUUAUUAUUAUCUAACUAAAUAAUAAAAAUGUUUCUUCUUACAGUUUCAAAAUUUAUUUGUUCGGUGUAUUUUUGAAAGCAAAAAGAACUGAAAAACGUACUAAAGAGAUUUAAAAAAAAAAGAGAAUAUUUGCAUUCUAUAACUUUGAAAAAAAAGACCACAGAAAAACUGAAGAAGAAAUAGAGAACCACCACCUUAAAAAAGAAACUUCAGAAACAAUGGUUGAUAAUAAAUCAUGACUCCCGGUAUUUUCUCUUAAUUUCGUGUAAGGAAGAAUCAAUCUUCCCGCAAACAAACAAACAAACAAACAAGGAAGAAGAGAAGAGAAAGUUAGACCAGAGAAGAAAGAAAGAUAGCGACCUUUUUCUUUCUCUCGUCUUCUCUUCUUGCCUGCGUUCCCAGACACUACGUCUGGUGACAUAUUAUAUUAAUUACAUCUAUUUAAUAAUUUUAUUAGAAUUUCGAGGAUUAUUUCUCUGUAGUUCGAUUGAUAAUAAUGGCUCGUUACUCAUCGGAAGAUGGGCACGCGCCAGCUAAUUCGACGGUGGUCGCCAUUGACAAAGACAAGAACAGUCACUACGCUGUUCGUUGGGCCGCCGAUCAUCUCUUCAACAUGAUCAACAACCCCAACAUGAUUCUUGUCCAUGUUCGUCUUAAAAAUUCUAACCAUGGAGACGAUGAAUUGAAUCAUCUUUUUGUUCCGUACAGAGGUUAUUGCGCGCGAAAAGGGAUUUCAAUGAUGGAGGUUAUUCUAGAAGAUUCCGACGUUGCGAGAGCAAUACUCGAUUACGUUAACAACAACCUUGUGAACAACAUCGUGGUGGGAUCAGCAUCAUCCUCCAAGAACCCAUUCGCUAGAUCUCUCAAGUUCACUAAAUCUCAUGACGUUGCUGCUUCCAUUCUCAAAUCAACGCCAGAGUUUUGUUCCAUCUACGUCAUCUCCAAAGGCAAAGUCCAGUCUUCACGAGCAGCUCAAAGACGUAUCACCAAUACACUUGUCCCACCUCGUGAACCAUCAUCCGCAUUUCAUCUCCAAAAUCUACCUGACCCUGACCAAGAUCCCUUACCUAGGGGACAGCGUAAUUCAAGAAACACAACUCCAGAGAGGUAUCAUAAUGAUAAUGGCUUCAAUGCCAUGAGGGAAAGGCGUAGAAGUGCUGCAAAUGGAUCAUUGGACUUUAAUUAUGAUUUUAAGCAGGCAAAUGGGCAAAGGAACCCUGUGGGACGUAACUCGUUUUCUGAUGAAUCGGAUGGUGGAUCUCUCAUGAUGGGUUCGGUUGAUCUAAGUGCUCAGAAUUAUGAUUUCAUUGGUGCAUCUGGCUCUUCUGAUGAAUCAGCUUCACAAUCAACUAGAGAUAUUGAAGCUGAGAUGAAAAGGUUAAAGCUUGAACUCAGGCAAACCAUGGACAUGUACAGCUCAGCUUGCAAAGAAGCACUUAAUGCAAAAAAGACGGCAAAUGAGCUUAAUAUGUGGAAAAAGGAAGAAGCUAGAAGAUUUGAGGAAGCUAGGAGUGCUGAAGAGGCAGCCCUAGCUGUUGCAGAGAUGGAGAAGGCCAAGUGCAAAGCUGCAAUGGAAGCAGCUGAGAAAGCACAGAGAAUGGCAGAGCUAGAAGGACAAAGAAGGAAGCAAGCAGAGAUGAAAGCAAGAAGAGAGUCUCAGGAGAAAGACCGUGCGCUUACUGCUUUGGGACAGAACGAUGUCCGGUACAGAAAAUACUCUAUAGAAGAGAUCGAAGAAGCUACCGACAGAUUCGCAAGCAACAUGAAAGUAGGAGAAGGAGGAUACGGACCGGUCUAUAAAGGCACACUUGAUCACACUCCUGUCGCUAUCAAAGUCUUGAGACCUGAUGCUGCUCAAGGAAAGAAACAGUUUCAACAAGAAGUCGAGGUUCUAAGUUGCAUAAGACACCCUCACAUGGUUCUUCUCCUCGGUGCGUGUCCUGAAUACGGAUGCUUGGUGUAUGAGUUUAUGGAGAAUGGGAGCUUAGAGGAUAGACUCUUCCGUAGAGGAAACUCGCCGCCUCUUUCUUGGAGGAAAAGGUUCCAAAUAGCGGCGGAGAUAGCCACCGCACUCUCCUUCCUUCACCAAACCAAGCCGGAGCCUCUCGUUCACCGUGACCUAAAACCUGCUAACAUACUCUUAGAUAGAAACUACGUGAGCAAGAUCAGUGACGUUGGACUAGCUCGGUUAGUCCCUGCUUCGGUGGCUAAUAACGUCACGCAAUACCACAUGACAUCUGCGGCAGGAACGUUUUGUUACAUAGACCCUGAGUACCAGCAAACGGGGAAGUUAACCACGAAGUCGGAUAUAUAUUCGCUAGGGAUAAUGCUGCUUCAGAUCAUCACUGCCAAGAAUCCUAUGGGUCUGGCUCAUCAUGUGUCGAGGGCUAUUGAGAAAGGAACUUUCAAGGAUAUGCUUGACCCGGUUGUGACUGAUUGGCCGGUUGAAGAAGCUAUAAAUUUUGCUAAGCUGUGUCUGAAAUGUUCAGAGCUAAGGAAGAGAGAUAGACCAGAUCUUGGAAAAGAUAUAGUUCCAGAGCUUGUCCGGUUAAGAAACUUGGGCUUGGACAAUGAGUCAGGAGGCCAGAAUUAGCAGCUGGGUCUGAAGAUCAUAUAUAUUUAUUAAUUAUUUGAAGGCUUCCAUAAGGAACCAAUAGAGAGAUUGCUUGCUUCUCAAGAAAGAAAGUGGUAAGUGAAGUGCCAUCCAGAGAUGGUUUAAACUAAGAUAUAAAUUUGUCAAUAUUAUAUAUGUAUCUGUAACAUAAAACUUCCACCUUUCUGGCUCUCGGAUUAAAAGUAUAUAUUGAACAAAAAAGCAAUGGUUCAUAUGUUAAUGUUCCACUUCU